AUGACCGGGCAUGGCUGCUUCGGUCAUUACCUGCAUAGAAUCGGAAGGGAGGCCACAGAGGCCUGCCAUGAGUGUGGGGAGCCAGAUGAUACGGCUCAACACACUCUGGCAGAGUGUUCGAGGUGGUCAGACGAGCGGGCUGAUCUUAUAGACGUCCUAGGGACCAGAGAUCUCUCGCUGCACAGCGUCAUAGCAGCGAUGCUGUGUAGCGAGAUCAAAUGGAUGGCAGUUGUCUGUUUCUGCGAGCACGUCAUCUCGCAGAAGGAGGCCGCUGAGAGGGCGCGUGAACAAGAUCCUAACGCGCCCCUACAUCGUCGGGGACGGGGGGGCAGAAGGCGUGCGCAAUAUCGCGCGCGCUUACUGCCUCAUUGA